AUGGCAGGCGGUCCACAUACUGUUAGUAAGUUGCGGGUUUACAAUUCGAAAAGUCAUUUCUCGUUUCAUUGCAGGCCGAGUAUCAAAUACUUUGAUGCACUUGUUAAGAUCAGUAAACGCCUUAUUGAUGCUGCGAAUCUGCUUGAUAUGAAAAUUAUCGCAACUGAACAGUAUCCGCAAGGUCUUGGGCAUGCUGUAAGCGAACUGGAGCUUGCCAAACACAACAUACCGAUUUUUGAAAAAAAGCGAUUCAGUAUGUGUGUUCCGCCAGUGAUUGAAGCUCUUGGUUCUCCAAAAUCGGUAAUUUUGUGUGGUAUUGAGGCGCACGCUUGUGUCCUACAAACUGCUCUUGACAUGCUCGAAAAAGGAAUCGAUGUCCACGUUGUUGCUGAUGCUGUCUCUUCACGCUCACAGACUGACAGAAUGUUUGCGUUACGUCAAAUGGAGCGUGCUGGUGCAGUACUGACAACAGGUGAAUGUGUUACUCUCAGUUUGCUUGGAGGUGCCGAUCAUCCGAAAUUUCGUGAAGUACAAAAAACAAUUAUGGAACCUGCCCCAGAUGCCGGUCUGGUCCAGUAUCUCCAGGAAUAUUCGUGA